AUGGCCCCCAGCCCAUCCAAGCGCCACACCAUCGCCACCACCGUCAACCCGCUGCUGUCGAACCUCUCGAUGCUGUCCUUGGACCACCAGCUGGCCCCGCCGAGCACCGCCACCAGCCGGCCCAAGAAGCCCUCCAACCCCAGCCCCCUCAAAGGCUCCAAGAGCUCGAGCAGCCUGCGCACCCAGCACAAGGCCCAGGCUUCCUCAGCGGCGGCUGCCCUCUCCAACUCCGUCCACAAGGCCUUCUCCCGCCCUAUCAACAGAGACGACCUCCUCGGCAGGGACCUCGUCCGCAAAGACUGGGGCUCCUCCUCCUCCUCCUCCACAAGCCCGUCCAAAAAAACUACCUCCCGCAAGAAAGCGACGAGUGUGGACCGGUACAUCACUCGGGACGUCGACUCGUGCCAGCUGGAGAGCCAUCCGCGGGAGACGACGAGCAGCGGCGGGGCGGCGGGGAGCGGCGGCGGCGGGGGGCUCGAGUCGAGCCAUGCGCAGGAGCUCUCGACGGCCCUGGGGAUCGACCUGAACCGGCGGAUCCUCAGCUUCGCGGCCGACGUGCCCUCGAGCUCGCGGGUCUCGCGCGACCGGGAGGAGCCGCUGGGCAAGGACUCGCGGGGCAAGGCGGGCGGCGGCGGGGCGGGGACGAGCGGCGGCGGCCUGGCCAGCACGGCCUCGAACCCGCGCCGCCACGUGAGCGCGAUCCCGGAACGGGUGCUCGACGCGCCCGGGCUGAUCGACGACUACUACCUCAACCUGACCGACUGGUCGGCGGACAACAUCCUGGCGAUCGCCCUGGGCGAGUCGCUGUACCUCUGGAACGCGCAGACGGGCACGGUGAACCAGCUGUGUGGACUCGACGAGGGUGCGUACUACGCCAGUGUGAAGUUCUCGGGCGAUGGCCAUUAUCUGGCCCUCGGCACCUCGGAGGGCGCCGUGCACAUCUACGACAUCGACGAGGCGCGUCUGUUGCGCAAGAUGCUGGGGCGACAGUGUCGGGUGGCCACGCUGUCCUGGUCGGGCACGAUCCUCUCGGCGGGGGGGCAGGACGGCUCGAUCUGGAACCACGACGUCCAGGCCCAACAGCACAAGGCCUCGGAGAUGCUCGGCCACCGCGCCGAGGUCUGUGGCCUCGCCUGGAAACCCGAGCCCGACGAGCCCCUCAGCACCCACUCCCUCGGCCUCCUCGCCAGCGGCGCCAACGAUAACCUCGUCAACGUCUGGGACGCCCGCAACCCCUCGCAGCCGCGCAUGACCAAGAACAACCAUCGCGCGGCCGUCAAGGCGAUCGCUUGGUGUCCCUGGCAAGCCAACAUGCUAGCCACCGGCGGCGGGACCUCCGACAAAAUGGUCCAUUUCUGGAACGUGAACACCUCCUCGCGUCUGCAGAGUCUCGAGACCCGCUCGCAAGUGACGUCGAUCGUGUUCAACCCGUACGCGCGGGAAUUCCUGACGACGCACGGGCUGCCGGACAUGCACUUUGCGAUCCACACGUUCCCGGGCUUCCAGCUGGUCGCCGACGUGUCGAAGGCGCACGACACCCGGAUCCUGCACUCGUCGCUGAGCCCGGACGGAUGCAUCGUGGUGACGGCGUCCAGCGACGAGAACCUCAAAUUCUGGAGGGUGUUCGAGAACAAGCGCGCAAGGGCCGCCGCUAACCCCGUCUUCGGAAAAGCCUACCCCAACCCGCUCGCCGCGAAAGACACCAACCAGCAGGACCACCACCACGCGUUCAAAGGCGGCUUCGAGCUCCGCUGA